UCCCGCUGUUCUCGGCCGAGUCGACCAUGCGGGCCCGCGUCAUGCUGUCGGGGGUCGUACAGCGGCUUAGGGACAAGCACGGUAACAAGAACGUGCCGCAGCCGUGCUGGGACUAUGUGGACCGGUACGAGUUCUUUAGCGCCCACCACUUCCUCGCAUCCAUCGAAGACCACAUGGGCGAGCACGAGAAGGCGGCCGACUACCGCCGUAGGAGCCUCGAGUCUCCCAAGGACCGUUUCUGGUACCAGACGGCCCAGCGGCUGUGCGACUACCUACAGUCGCAACCCCAGUCUCUGGACCGUGCCGAGGAGGCUGAGACAAUCUUGCGGCAAACUCGAGAACUGACGUGGUUGGCGGAUUAGGGAGCAACAUGGCAAAGUCUGGUGGUCUAGUCCGAUGCUGGCUAGGGAUGAUGUUACGAUACGACGGCGGCCCGGGGAGGUAUUUUGGGUUUAAUUUGACGACGCUUGGGUUUAGAACAGAACCAUUACUGUAAUGUUUGUGAAUACCUAUUGGCUUUUACUGGGCAUGGAUUUGGGGUGGCAUUUGUCCCUUGGUGUUUCUGAUCUUUCAACGUUGUAGGGGUUUCCAGGGGCAAUAAAACCAGGAAAAUGGGUGGGCUAUGGCGGCUGCCAGCUUUGGAUAGCUUGCGCCCUACAAAACUAAUAUUUAUCUCUG